GUACUGCGGAAGGCUGUUGUGAAGCUUGGUUUAUUUUGGUUCCUAAACUACAAAAGUUAACUACUAAGGGACGAAUUUGAAAAAUAUACAUAGUUGUUUGUGAAAGAGAAGUUCAGCAUGGCGCUUUACGGAGAUGAUCUUGAUGUAGAGGCUCUGCUUGAAGCUCCAUACAAGAACAAUGAGGGAGAGGCGACCGACAAAAAUGGCGUGUCUGAGAAGAAGGAAUCGUCCUCCAAAAAGAAACACAGAAGCAGCCCUAGCCGCAGCCCUAGCCCGAGCCCGGCUGCCUCCAAAGAGAAACACAGCAGUAGCAGCAGCAGCAGCAGCAAGAGGAGCAGCAGGCGUCGUAGUCGCAGCCCAGAGAAGAAACGUCGCAGCCGAAGUCGCAGCCGGGAUCGAAGUCGCUAUGAUCGGGACAGAGACCGACCCCGAGAAAGGGGGCGUGGCACGGGUAGAUACGGCAGGAGGAGGAGUCCGUCACCACCACGCCGUGGACGCCGCAGCCGAAGUAAAGACCGUAGUCCCAACAGGGAUCCCUUCCAUUGGAGACGUAGCCGCUCGCGCAGCAGAGAUCGAUACGGCAAGAGAGGUUCCAGCCCUGGAAGGAAGAAGGACAUUGAGCCCCCACCAGAGACUAGAGAUGCCCGCACCGUGUUUGUCAUGCAGUUAUCACAACGAGUCAGGGCGAAAGACUUGGAAGAAUUCUUCUCUUCGGUUGGAAAGGUACGUGAUGUCAAGAUCAUCUCGGAUCGCAACUCAAGACGUUCCAAGGGGAUUGGCUACGUGGAGUUCAUGUCCGAUGAAUCAGUGCCUCUGGCUAUGGGUCUGAACAACGAGAAGCUGAUGGGAGUACCCAUCGUUGUCCAGCCGUCCCAGGCAGAAAAGAACCGCCUGGCCCAGAGCAACCAGACGCUUCAGAAGGGAGGAGCUGGCCCCAUGAGGCUGUAUGUAGGCUCGCUCCACUAUAACAUCACUGAGGAGAUGCUGAGGGGCAUCUUUGAACCCUUUGGGCAGAUUGACUCCAUCCAGCUGAUGACAGACAGUGAAUUGAAACGUUCCAAGGGCUAUGGCUUUAUCACGUUCCACGAUGCCGACGAUGCCAAGAGGGCGCUAGACCAGCUGAACGGGUUCGAGCUGGCCGGCCGCCCAAUGAAGGUCAAUCACGUGACAGAGAGAUCAGACAAUGCCCAGGCUGCAUCGGCGCUGGAUAACGAUGAGUUGGAGAGAACGGGGAUUGAACUGACCACCACGGGGCGGCUACAACUCAUGGCCAAGCUGGCAGAAGGAACUGGUUUCCAAUUGCCCAAUGCUGUGGUUGAGGCCCUGAAUCCCUUGAGCAACGUCCCUGCCAUCCCUGGGAUCCCCCAAGGCCUUCUGCCAUCGGUCAGUCAGGUGUCACUUCAGGCCCAGCUAGCCGUAGCCCAGCAGCAGGCAGCGGCUCUAGCCAAUCAAGCAGCACCUACAGCCAGUGCGGUCAUGCCUGGUGCACCAGCUGCUGCAGCAGCGAGCAACCCGCCGUGCUUCAUGCUGUCCAACAUGUUUGACCCUACAUCUGAGACCUCCACCAGCUGGGAGACAGAGAUCCGAGAUGACGUGAUCGAGGAGUGCAACAAGCACGGCGGCGUCCUACACAUCCAUGUUGACAGGUCCUCACCACAGGGCAACUGCUACGUCAAAUGCCCCAACUCACAGAUUGCCAUGGCUGCAGUCAACGGCCUGCACGGCAGAUGGUUUGCAGGCAAGAUGAUCACAGCAGCAUUUGUGCCGCUGGCCAACUACCACGCCAUAUUCCCUGAAUCGGCAGUCGUCACAACGCUACUCCAACCCUCGCUGAAAAUUAUGUAAAGUCAACUGUAAAUGAGAACGUAGGUCAAGCAAACAGACUGAUGAAGCUGGAUCCGUAAAAUCAAGAAACUAUUCUCAACCAAAGAAAAUGUCACAAAUUUCAAAUUAUUUUUUCGUCCCCUUUAAAUUGGCACAUUUUGUGUUUCUAUUUUAUUGUAUUUUUAAACGGUGUAUAUGAAUUGCUUGAUUUAACAUGCUGUUUGCCUGUUGACUGUAAUUGAAUUUGUAUUUCAUCUUUACUUUUUGUGUAUUAAAUUGAAACUGUGAAGUUUUUGCACAUAAUUUUUUUUUUCACUUAGCAAGAGCCAUUUUUGUUUGACAGCCUUACUUUUUGUUCUCUUAGUAUUAUAUCAGAGCACAUGUGUUUGUGUCUUUAUAAUAGAAAUGUGCUAUGUCAACACACCCCCCCCCCAUUUAAAAAAAGCCAAAAACUUUGAAUUGUGAAUUUUGACAGAGCUUUUGGAUGCAUGUAUGUAAUUCUUUGUGGAAUUUUCUUUCGUGAUGACAAAGGUAUACUUGUACAUAGAGAUCUUCGGAAUCAAAGUCAAAACAGAUUUUGUACAACAUGAUUGAGAUAUUUACGGGUUUUCUUCUGUAAAACGACAGAAUGUAUAGAUUAAAAAAAAGUAGCAUUUUGUAGCAUUGUUUCUAAACACGAUGGAAGAUUUUCUUAUGCAUACUCCUUUCAAGUAGCUUCAAUCCAGCUCCCCUCGGAACAAAAAUAUCGAUUAUUUGAAAUGCCACAGGCUGAAUAUAUCUUGGUCAAUAGAGCACCAGUAUGGCGUUCCAGAUGUCUUGGGUUUGAAUCCUAUAUUUGUCAGUCCCAUUUUGUUCAGAAAAAACAAAACAACAAAAGGACUAUUUUCGUUCAUUUGUUAGAGUAUUUUCGUAACUUUUACUGGCACGGUGUUGCUUGGUUUUUAACCACAUCAUUUAUAAUCAUUUGGAAGCGCACAGUGUCGACGAUAAAAUCUUUUUCAUCAAUUUUUUUUCUUCAGGUUUUUGGUGUUCUGUUCAUAAUUGCGCGUACACAUUGUAUGUGUUCCAUACUCGAACAAACCCUGAAGAGUUUUCAUGCCGUGUCAUGGGUUGAUUUUGAGACGACCUAAUGCUGUCUCUGAUGUGCCAUUAAAUUUUUGGCAAACUGGUUACGAAACGGCAUUUUUUCCCUAUGUGGUUGGGCAGUUAACUUGUUUGUGUAAUUUGAUUUAUCUCAGUAAAGUUGAUAGUAAAUAAAACUGGACUUGUACAUAGAUAAAACAAUUCAUAUUGUAA